UGACCUUGGUUAGGUCAUUUCAUUUGGCCCCAGCGUUUUCACCUGUGCAAAGGGAGCGGCGGUUUCUUCCUCAGGCGGUCUUGAGGCUAAGGGGCUACGUAGGGGAAACAGCCAGCUGCGUCGGCGCGAGGAGAAUAAUUACCAUGACUUCCGGUGCUUUGGCGAAACCUCAGAUGCGAGGCCUUCUGGCCAAGCGCCUGCGAUUUCAUAUUGUCGGAGCGUUCGCUGUUUCCCUGGGGGUUGCAGCUUUCUAUAAGUUUGCUGUGGCCGAACCAAGAAAGAAGGCGUAUGCAGAUUUCUACAGAAAUUAUGAUUCCAUGAAAGAUUUUGAGGAGAUGAAGAAGGCUGGUAUCUUUCAGAGUGCAAAGUGAUUUUGGAAUGUAAAGAAUUUCUUUGGGUUGAGUUCCAUGGAAGUUUGUCACUGACCUGUGUUCCAGAAGUAUGAAACAUGAAUAUUGGGUCAUGGAAUAGUUUGUCUUGAUAAAUAAACUAACAGAUACUGUGGACAGUA